CACCGCAGACCGGAAGCGCCGCCCGGGGAGGAGGAGGAGAAGGAGAAGGAGGAGCGCCGCAGUCCGGCGCCGGCCGCCACCCGCCUCGGGUGCUCUCCGCCGGAUUCAUGUCUUUUAAGUUAAGGUGUUCAUUUAACGGAAUCAUGAGCAGAAGUAAACAUGAAAACAACUUCUACAGUGUAGAGAUUGGAGAUUCUACCUUCACUGUACUCAAAAGAUACCAGAAUUUAAAACCCAUUGGCUCAGGUGCACAAGGCAUAGUAUGUGCAGCCUAUGAUGCUAUCCUUGAAAGAAAUGUUGCAAUCAAAAAGCUAAGUCGGCCGUUUCAGAACCAAACCCAUGCAAAAAGAGCCUACAGAGAACUUGUUCUCAUGAAGUGUGUAAAUCACAAAAAUAUUAUUGGCCUGUUGAAUGUCUUCACUCCACAGAAGUUGCUAGAAGAAUUUCAAGAUGUUUACAUAGUGAUGGAGCUCAUGGAUGCAAAUCUCUGCCAGGUGAUUCAGAUGGAGCUUGACCAUGAACGCAUGUCCUAUCUCCUCUAUCAGAUGUUGUGUGGUAUUAAGCAUCUUCACUCAGCUGGAAUUAUACAUAGGGAUUUGAAACCUAGCAAUAUAGUGGUAAAAUCUGACUGCACUUUGAAGAUUCUUGACUUUGGACUGGCUAGAACAGCAGGAACCAGCUUUAUGAUGACACCUUAUGUAGUGACUCGUUACUACAGAGCGCCAGAAGUCAUCUUAGGAAUGGGAUACAAAGAAAAUGUUGAUAUUUGGUCAGUGGGGUGCAUCAUGGGAGAAAUGAUCAAAGGUGGUGUAUUAUUUCCUGGUACAGACCAUAUUGAUCAGUGGAAUAAAGUCAUUGAGCAACUAGGGACCCCAUGUUCUGAAUUCAUGAAGAAACUACAACCAACAGUAAGGACCUAUGUGGAGAACAGGCCUAAAUAUGCUGGCUAUAGUUUUGAGAAGCUUUUCCCAGAUGUCCUCUUUCCAGUUGACUCUGAACACAACAAAUUUAAGGCCAGUCAGGCGAGAGAUUUGUUAUCCAAAAUGCUGGUGAUCGAUGCCUCAAAAAGAAUCUCAGUAGAUGAAGCUCUUCAGCACCCUUAUAUCAAUGUCUGGUAUGACCCUUCAGAAGCAGAAGCGCCUCCUCCAAAGAUACCAGACAAACAGUUAGAUGAAAGAGAGCAUACAAUAGAAGAAUGGAAAGAACUGAUUUACAAUGAAGUUAUGGAGCUGGAGGAGAAAACCAAGAAUGGAAUUAUACGUGGACAGCCAUCUCCUUUAGGUGCAGCAAUGAUCAAUAGCUCUCAACCUCAGUCCUCGUCAUCGUCUGCCAAUGACACGGCUUCCAUGUCCACUGACCCAACACUGAUCUCCGAGAUAGACAGCAGCCUAGAAACAUCAGCCGGCCCCCUAGGAUGCUGUAGAUGAUAGAUCAGUUAGGGAUAAUUAGUUAUGGAAUUAUAUUAUUUUGUGUUAAAAAAAUCUUUAAAAAUAAUUAUGGGGUACACUACUAAUUUUCAAUUGUAAGUUUUAAUGACGGGCCACAAUGCUUUUCUGUAAUUAAUUGUACAGUAUUAAGCUUAAAAUUUUUUUACCACAGAUUUUAAAAAUGAUGUGUUUUACUACUGUGAUGCUGACUUUAUUUUUUAAAAUUGAAUUUGUAAGAAGUUUUAUUAAAUGUAACAUUGUUGUUCAGUUUAUUUAAGUUUAUAUUGUCUUUCAAAAUAGUUUUAUUAGAUUAUCUGUGUAUAUUUGCAGGAACUUUCUCAGUUCAAAAGUGUAUUUCCCCCCUUUUAGCCAUGUUUCUGGGGUGAAACAGCUAAAUGUAGGCAAAGGCGUGAUGCUUAGGUUUCUUUCUGUGAGCUCCUAUCGAAUCAGGUCUCUUUCAGGUUAUCUAGAAUCAAAAGUAUUCUAUAUGAUGUGAGGGAGUUAUUGAUAUUCAGAUGUUUAGCAUGACAGAGCUUCUGAUUACAUAAAAGAUGAUGGCACAUGAUAAAGCAUACUGACAGUUGAAAAUAAUACUUCACUUCUAGUUCCAUUAGCCUUUCUCUUCAUUCACAGUGAAAUUAAUUAACAAUGCAAAUUCAUGUUUCCCUCACUGUAGUAGGAAAAUAGUUUAUUUCUUUGUUCAUUCUUCUGUAGUCCUUUCUUUUACAAGCCAUUUUGCCUUUGAGCACUUUUUCCUAAGUUCUAGUCCUGUAGAGAAUGUAUUAUAUAAGUGGAUAGAUACACAAUGCUGCAAGGGAGUUCGUCCUACUGGAUCAACAGCUUUAAUCUUUUGGCUCAUCACAGCGUUGGACAGCAGAAGUGUCAAAGGCUGGCCGUGGGUCAUUCUGAAGCCAUGAGAUUUGAGUAGCUUUCAGCACUGAAAUCCCAAUUUUGUAAUGCCCUCCUGUUUAAAAAAAAGUAAUAAUGAUGUGUGUAGAAAUGUUAUAUAUGAUGUAAAAAGGUGCUGCUUCUCUUUGAAAUAUCUUAACUCCUUACACUAUAUGUUAUUGAAUGGGGUUAUUGUGCAACGGAUUUACAUUCUGUGUGAGUAAAACAAUCAGUUGAGAAGUUGUGCUCAGAAAAUGCAACGUUUUUUGUGAAUUAAGGCUGUACUGACUGCCUUAUGUAGAUAGAAGUGUUUGUGUAUUGGGUUUAAAUGUGAACAAAACUGUAAAUUCAACAAAUAUUAAACAGAAUAGCACAAA